AUGCAUGCGGCGGCCAAGGCAUCGGAGUCAACAGGCACGUUCGUCUUCGCGCACCGCCUGCUGGAGCAUGCAGAGCGACUCGAGCUCCCGUUGCACCUGCGCGAGAAGUGCACGGCCAAGUUUGUGGACCUCUCGGGCCUGGACAACUGGGACAGCGUGUCCCUGCGCGCCACAGCCGCGGCGGUGAAGCACUCGGGCCUGAACGACUUGGGGGCGCAGCGCUUGGCGCAGGUGCUGCACGCGCACACCGUGCUCUUCUCCCUCGACCUGUCGCACAACCGCGUCGGCGACGCCGGGGUGGCUGCGCUGGCAGAGGUGGUGCAAGGUGGUUUCGCGACUCUCGAGGUUCAGCUCGAGCCGGGGGAGUUUGUGCACGCCGAGUCGGACGCGUGUGUAACGAGGACACCGAGCGUUACCAUCCGGGGCAAGAUGACAGGACCCGUUUGGUUCGUGGUGCUUUUGCUGGUAGGAAGCCCAGAGCUCACCCUGCAUUUCUUCGCUACGGGACAGAUGCAGAGGACCCGGGCCCAGGAUUGGUCCAGGCCGCCCAGGUCGCAGCAGGCCGGCAGCGCCGUCUUCGCGCCGAAGUACGCGGGCUACAUCGGCGUCUACGAGCCUGCGGGGGAGGCCCUGCUCAUCCGCCGCGGCGCGUUCUUGGCGGCCUCCUCGACAGUGGGCGUGACAACGAAGACGUUGGCUCUGCUGAAGGGCUCGUUCUCUGGGACUGGCUUCUUCUGUCUGCGCGCUGCCGGGCCUGGGAAGGUGGCUUUCUCCACCUGCGGCGCCAUCCUGCGCUACGACCUGGGACCAAGCGAGGAGCGGAUCGUGGACAACGACCACGUCGUGGCAUGGACCGAGCAGACGGAAUACCGAAUAGGGUUCGCCGCCCGGAGCAUGUGGCAUUCGGCCACCAGCGGGGAAGGCCUCAACUGUUUUUUCAAAGGGCCGGGCACCGUGUUCGUGCAGUCGCAUGCUCCGAAGGAUCAGGUAGGGUCCCCGGCAAGAGGUGCUCAAGCUCACCACAGUUUUCCAUGCGGUGAUUGUUUCAGGAUCUGUUUCUUCGUCCUGCUGAUAUGUAUUUUCCUUGGUGAUGCCCUGAAGGACGCGCCACGCCGUAGCGAGUUGUAA